CACGAGGUGGUUGUCACGUUAGACAUGUUCAUGAAUAUCAUCAAAACUAAAGCUUGAAAAGUUUUCAAUGUAAAAUCUAGGUUUAUAAUUUCGACUAACUAGUGUCUGUGGAUAAAAAAGCAAAACUGACAAAGGAUAAUGAUUUCAGUAGAGAACUGGAAUGAGCUUGAUAUGAAAGGUUUUACUGUAGUAAAGAAUGUGCUGACUGAAGAAGAAAGCGACCAAGCGAUUGUCGAAUAUAAAACCUGGCUCAAUAGUUUCGGAAACAACAGUUACUUUCCGGAAACCUAUAAUUCAAUAAUAUGGGGAUACAAUGUUGGACAUAUGGACACCACAUGGCGUCUAAGACUUAAAGCAAAGCCGGUGUUUUCAGAGUUGUGGAAGACAGAGAAACUUUUAACAAGUUAUGAUGCUAUCGCCAUCGGUCGCCCUCCUGAAGAUGGAAUUGAAGAUUUUGAUGACCCUUCUAAACAUUGGCUUCAUGCCGAUAGUACUCCUUCCAGAGUCGGACUGCAUGCAUAUCAAGGUGCGUUGUAUUUAGAGGAACAAGAAAAAGACGACUGGACAUUCCAAGUAAUGGAAGGAUCACAUAGAAAGUUAGAAGAUUUUUUUAUAAAAUUCCCAGAGUGCGCUGAACGCGCUCGUAGGUGCGGUUGCCAUUUUGAUUUGUCAGAAAACGACGUUGAAUAUUUUAAAAAUAUCGGAUGCAGUGUUGUUCGUGUGCCUGUACCUAAAGGCGGCCUUGCUCUUUGGGACUCUAGACUAGUCCAUGCAAAUGCAAGACCUCUUAAGAACAGAAACAAUCCUGGAAGAUGGCGUUUUGCGACAUUUAUAUCAAUGACACCAGCUAUAUGGGCUAAUAAAGAAGAUAUACAGAAACAUCAGCAUAUGUACAAUACGCACGAUCUAUCUACACACUGGUCAUCACAGGGCUUUAAGUAUCAAGAUGGGUCACUGCAGAAACUGACGUCUGCUAAACCAACGCUGUCAGAAAUACGUCGUACGGAUGAAGUGUUGAAGUUAUCUGGUAUGUUACAGUACGAUUUUAACGACGGCAAACCAAAUGGAGAUGAUUUUAAGCCGGUGUGGAAGAAAUCUACAUGUGUUUCCCUGUCUGAAGAGGAGGAUUUAGAAAAGAAAUAUGCAAAUGGACAUAUCUAAUGAUCUACUGUAUCAAUUGAUCCUAUUUUUAGAUCCUUGUCAGUAAAUUGACCCGUUUUGCAAUAUAUAUACUGCUUCAUUGUACACAAAAUACAAUUUUCAUCAUCUUGAAAAUUAUAUACAGCCAUUAAAUACAGAUAUGACAAUUAUAAAAAUAAACAAAAUGUGACCUGUGACGUUACAGGUCUGACAUGUCGAUUUGGUGGUAUAUUUUUUUUAUAAAUUCUUAUAUAUAAGACAAGGAUUUUUGCAUUUUGAAUAUACUAUAUAAAUAUAUGUAUACGGAAUAUACAUAUACAUAGAGUUUGUUAUUUCUUAAACAUUAAAUGUUCCUUGUUAUAAAUGUUCCUUGUGCAGUGUUAAAAAGAUAAAAUAAUAAUGUUUAA